AUGAAUCGCUUCUGUUGUAUUCCUCAUUUAAAAAUAUGGACCCACGAAGGAAACGUGAGAAGAAACAAAAAGGAACAGGAUGCUACUGAAACAAACGAGCUUCAACAAUCUGAUGCAGAACCAUCAGAUGGCAGCACAAGAGAAGAAGAAAUGGCACUGAAAAGGAAGAUAAAGGGAAACAAAAAAUAUAUGGGAGCUCAUGUCUCAAUAACAGGAGGAAUGUGGAAAGCAGUUGAAGUAAGUGUGGCCAUAGGAGGUCACGCUUUUGCCCAGCGCUCCUGGACCAGACCUGCCCUCGAUCCAGCUGCCACAGUUUCAUUUCAGGAAACCUGUGCUGUACAUGGCUUCGAUCUGAUGCACAUCCUGCCACAUGGAUCUUACUUGAUGAACUGCGGCUCCCCCAAAGAAGAUGUGUUCAGUAAGAGACAGGCCGUGCUUGUGGAUGAGUUGAGUCGCUGCAGUGCACUGGGCAACAGCCAGUUUAACUUUCACCUUGGGGCUUCUAUAGACUCCAGCCCUGAGCAGUGCAUGGAGAAAAUUGCCCAAGCUAUUAACCAUGCACACCAGAAAACCCCUGCCGUCAUUACAUUCCACUAUGCCACCACCACCACUUCCACUCCCACUCCCACUCCCACUCCCACUCCCACAAACUCAAGCAUCUUCAAAAAUUUGUGGGUAGACUGGGUGUGUGAAAAGACACGUGUCGGAGUGUGUCUGGACACUUGCCAUGCUUUUGUAGCAGGCUAUGACAUUUCACCAGCUGGAGGAGUGAAGAAUAUGCUAGAUGAAUUUGAUUGCGUGGCUGGAUUGCAUUAUUUGAAAGCAGUUCAUCUAAAUGACUCUAAAGGAAAAUUAGGCUGCCAUCUGGAUGGAAAUGAAGACAUUGGGCGUGGCCAAAUAUGUAUUACUGCUUUCCGAGAAAUUGUGAAUGAGCCUCGACUGGAUAUCCCUCUGAUUUUAGAAACACCUGGUCGCCCAGGUUUUGAGUAUGCUAAACAUAUAGAGCUCCUUUACUCCCUUUGUGGAAAAAAGUGA